GUCUACGGCGGCGUUGACACAAAGCCUCCCUAACUGGUCCGGUAUAUUCCCCUAUUUUGGGCAGUCGAAAGUUUCUUUCCUCACCACCCCAAUUUCAAUUGCGCCUCUCUAUAUCGCUCCAUUAGGUUACCCUCAUCCACUGGACUGGUUCUGGCAUACAACAACGUUAACCUGCAGUCGGCGUGCUGCUACGCCUGCUGCGAACUGCGAAUGCUGUUGGGCUAGAAUUCAACCACUAUGCGUACCUUCGUAUGAAUAGCCCAUCGAAGGCUCCACCAGGCUCUCUCUCCUUACUAUACUUUGCAUCUGGAUAAAUAUUGUUGUAUCAUUCUUGAUAUCUCUAUCACGUGUACCGCUACAGCGCUUCUAGCAACAUGUCGGAACGCGACGGAAGCAACUCUGAGAAGGGCUAUGAGACCCCGGUCCCUGAAUUGGAUGAUCAUCGCCACAACACUGCUUCCGCACAGCGGCUAGACCGCCCUCGCCGUGGAACAGUUGACACGCUUUAUGGCUCUCGUCAGUAUCUAGAGACCGAUGGACCGUAUUCUCCAACCGAUGUUAGAGUUCGGGACUUUGAAGAAGCCAUCAUCGAUGAGGAUGACAAUGAUGUGACGAUCCCUGUUCCACAUGGUCGGCGCCCGACAUUUACUUCUACAAACGAGCGAGCUAUAUCGCCACCAAACUCUGUGAAAGCUUUCGCUGAAGCACGACGUCGGGAGCGUACUUUCUCAACUUCCGAUGGCCGUGCCAAUCAAGAUGAGGGCGAGGCCCUUCACCGCACUCAGUCGUUUGUCAGUCGCAAUAGCCAACGGUCCGGGCGUAGCAGACCUGUGACAUUUGCUGAUGAUGCGGCGUCUUUGGCAACAAACAAGACAGCGGAGGAGGAUGUGUGUUUUCCUAUGCAAGAUGAUCAUCGGCAGGACCAGCUUUAUAUCGACUUUGACUAUCUGGAGAAUUUCGUCGCAACAGAGGAGCUAGCACGCAGAGAGAACCUUGAAGCCCAGAAAGCUUCAAGAGUAUUCCCAACUUUGCGAAAUGAGCACAAAGAUGGACACGAUGAACCCAUGGUCACAACUGACGGAGAUAUAAUUUAUGUUCCUUCUACUUCUAGCGAUGUAGGAGAAAAGCCGUCCAAACCAGUGCAGGAUCCAGGUCUGGAGCCUGGUAUUGGCCCCGUUGAUAAGGAACACAUGGAUCCAAAUCGGUUCAGCUUCUUCUCAUCUGCGUGGGAGUCCACCAUACAUGCAGCUGAAUUUGGAGAUCUCGUCCUUCCUGGCGAAGACCUCCGUGGAUUGUUCACUUUCCCCCGUGAUGAGCCAGAUGGUGUCUGGUGGCUCAACGUCAAUCGACCAAACGAAGAAGAAGUUCGAACACUGUGUAAAGCUUUUGGUGUCCAUCCUUUAACGAUAGAAGACAUAACCACCCAAGAAGCUCGCGAGAAGAUUGAAAUCUUUUCUUCCUACUACUUCGCGUGUUUCAGAUCCUUUAAUGUGGUUCAAGAUGAAGAUGGACCUGACUACGAGCCAUUCAAUAUUUACGUCCUUGUUUGGCGUGAAGGCACUCUGAGCUUCAGUUUCCAGCCAAACUCUCACGCUUCCCAAGUCAGAAAGCGAAUUGUCAACCUGAAGGAGUAUGUGUCGCUAAGUAGUGAUUGGAUAUGCUAUGCUUUGAUUGACAACAUUGUCGAUUCCUUUGCGCCUGCCAUCCAACGGAUCGAACUGCUUACUGAAGGUAUCGAGGAUUCAGUGUUUGUGGCACGUUCUGACGAUAUGCACAUGUUCCUACGUAAGCUGGGCGGUGUUCGUAAGAAUACGUUGGGCCUGAUGCGAGUCCUUGGCGGCAAAGCAGACGUCCUCAAGGGUUUCACUAAGCGAUGCAAUGAGAACUACAAAGUCACGCCACGAAUGGACAUAGGCAUGUACCUGGGCGAUAUUCAGGACCAUGUUGUCACCAUGAUGACUAAUCUGACACACUUCGAAAAGAUUCUAUCUCGGGCGCACAGCAAUUAUCUUGCCCAACUCACCAUUGACAGUAUCUCGCAAGGAACGCAGACCAAUGCUGGCCUUAGUAAGAUCACUUUCAUUGCCACUGUCAUUGUUCCGCUCAACAUUGUCACGGGUCUCUUCGGCAUGAAUGUUCGAGUGCCGUUCAUGGACGGCACCGAUCUUCAUGCCUUCUUUGGUAUCCUUGGAAGUCUGGUAGGAUUUGUCGUCUUGGCGCUGUUCUUGGCUCGACGUUUGCGCCUCAUUUGAUCAUGAAGCAUUGAGGUCGGUUGCUGUCUGAUGGUAAUCGACGAUUAGGGUAUAGUCAGGCAUUACUUGAUUUCCUUCUGUUGUACUAGUCAUUUAUAGCCGGCGAUGGUCUAGGGUUUUGAUAGAUCCCCUAUAGAACGUUCAUAUUAGCCAUGCAUAAAGUUGUUAUUAUCUUCGUGUCAAAUUUGUUAUUACCCGAAUCAUGCCAAUUAAAACAGCCUUGUGAGAUCUCAACCUCUCGUCUCCGGAGAAAGCUGCUGUCGUGGUUGAUAUUGAGGCCCCACGCAGUGUUCAAGAAAGGGGGCUGGCAGCAUAUGGGACUCUGGUUUGACAGCCUCCUCUGUAAUAUGAGACAGUUCUCUUUAGUCAACCCUGUCACAGCAAUAUCUCACACCU